GUCAAAGUGUUUUCACAUGAAAAAAAAAAGUGGAACGAAACGAAACUUUUCACUUUUUCACAACCCUGACGAUUCUCGUUCUGUGAAACAGUGCAACCAACUGUCAAAAACUUAUCAUAUGUAAAAAAAUUUUACACAGCCUAUUUAUACGUGAAAACAAGAUGGAGAAGAUACCAAGAGGAAAGCGCGCCAGCGAAAACCAAAAAGAGUUUUUAAUAAAUUAUCUAGAAGACAAUGUAGACAUUGCAAACGAUAAAUUUGUGACGGCAGAUGGUGCCAAAUUUCGCGAAGAAAAGUGGAAAGAACUAGCGGUGAGCCUCAAUGCUCUUGGCGGAACUCAAAAGGAUGGUGCAAAAUGGAAGAAGUAUUGGUCGAAGGACCAUAUGUUGCUCUUUAGCAACGUAAAAGGGUGUGUUUGAGUAUAUUUAAUUGAAUAAGUAAAGCAAAUUUUAGGGUAAUACAAAUUAUUCCGAGUUUAUUCAAAAAUGGGAAAAUAUAGUGGACUGUAGGUUAAAUUGAAUUUAAUAAACUGGUCUAGUCGACGAUUCGAUUGCGAGUGCCCCCAUACCGGUGUACGGGUGCCGAGAGCUCACAUUCGGAAAAAGUACAUAUUUGACAAUUCAGUACGUUCAAAAGGAAUUCUAGUACAAUUUUAAACAUAUAUAUAUAUAUAAGGAUAGUGAGUAUGUUCAGUUUCGAAUUAAGUAAUUCUAUUACAUUUCAAAUAUGUAUAUAAAGUAAAGGGUGACUAAUUCUUCAUGUAAAUUCAUUAUAAGUAAUUCUAUUACAUUUCAAAUAUAUUUAUAAGAUAAAGGUUAGCUAAUUAUUCAUCAUCAUCCAUGUCUU